ACUCUGUGUCUUCCGAGAGCUGGAACACUGAAACAUCAGCCGACCCCUCCCCAAUCUUCGGCGAAACGGAAGCGCAUGGACGCCGGCGAACAGUCGGCAACGGCGGCGGGGAUGGAAUUGGACUUCUCGCACAGCAGCGUGGUGCCCAGCUUCGAGUUCCCGUUCAACUCGGCCAACUUCUCCGACAGGUUGCUGCGGAUAGAGAUCGUCGCCAGCGACGAUGCCGGCGGAGGAUCCGCCGCCGACUGCGCGCGCCACAGAGAGGAGAAAGGUGAUAAAGGACAGAGUAUCGACUCUUCCCCAACCACUGUGUGUACAGCAGUUUUACGAGAAAAGACCAUCUAUAUCAAUUCUGCAAUUCUUGCUGCAAGAAGUCCUUUCUUUCUGAAGCUUUUCUCAAACGGCAUGAAAGAAUCUGAUCAGACACAUACAAUACUUAGGAUUGUUGAUUUAGAGGAAAAUGCGCUCAUGGAGCUUUUAAGUUUUAUGUACAGUGGAAAGGUGACUGCAACCGUGCCCACUCUUUUGCUCGGCAUCUUGAUGGCUGCGGACAAAUUUCAGGUUGUUUCUUGCAUGAGGCAAUGCAGUCAGUUGCUUACAAGCUUGCCUAUGACCACAGAGUCUGCACUGCUCUAUCUAGAUUUCCCAUGCUCUAUUUCAAUGGCUGGUGAAGUUCAGGCUUUGAGAGAUGCAGCCAAGGAAUUCCUUGCCAAUAAAUACAAGGAUUUGGCUAAGUUCCAAGAUGAAGUGAUGAACCUCCCUCUUGCUGGUAUUGAAGCCAUCUUUGCAAGUAGUGACCUGCAGGUGGGAUCUGAAAAUGUCAUAUAUGACUUCUUGCUCAAGUGGACCUGUGCACAAUACCCAAAAUUUGAGGAUAGACAUAAGAUCUUCUGUUCUCGCUUACUUCCUCUGGUGCGCUUCAGGCAUAUGAGUUGGAGGAAACUGCGGGAGGUCCUAAGAUGCGUCGAUAAUAAUAUAGACCAUGAUGAAGUAACCAAGUUUAUCGCCGAUGCACUUCUGUAUGAAGCUUACCCAUCAUCCCAGCAAAGCAUUCUUGCCGCUGAUGCAGCAAUCUGUUGCCAAUUCGCAGAGCGAACUUACAAGUACAAACCUGUGAAAGUGGUUGUGUUUCAUCAACCUUGCCCACAAGCCAUAGUUUACAUGGAUCUUUCGUGCCCGUUCCAUCUUGCUGGUUGGACCUUCCAUCUCAAGGCAACCUGUGAAGUUAACGAGGUGGAUAACCAGGAGUACAGCUUCGGCUUCUAUUUGGUUGUUCAAAAGAAGCCAAGGAAUGCAAGGUGUUUGAUGGUAGAUCUCGAGUUUGCUGCAAGGAUAAGUUGGUCAGGAAAAUUUGGGUACGGACUCGAGUCUGACUACACCUUGACCGAAGGUACGGUUGGAUACAAUAAUUUUUUUGAUACUCUAUGGCCGUCAUUCCUUGCUGAUGAUAGCCUCUUCAUCAACGGCGUGCUGCAUCUGAGAGCUGACUUGAGGGUGGUGGAGGAGCAGCCUGAAUUAGAGACUUGAAGAUAUGUCACUCAACAUAGUUAGGCCGUUUGCACUGCCCCAGUCGCUUCAAUAGCAUUUCAGUUGUAAGCUACAGUACUAUUUUGUUGGAUGGCUGGGCGUGUUGGCACCAGUGAGUCCUUCUGGUAGUUCAUGCUUCUUCCUGCAGCAUCCUGAUUCCUGAAACAGGGAUGCAAACGGGAUCAGCACUUAUUCAGGUAAACGAGACACUUUCAAACCUGCUUAUCACUGACAUUGGCUGUAUCUGUAUGGAGUAUUUCUAGCUGUUGCCCCCAA